AUGGAGAAGGUAUUAUGUAAAGAUGAUAUCGAAACUUUAGAUUUGUGCAAGAACAUGAUGAAACAAGGUGAAUGGCCACAACUUAUGGUUGUUUUUUAUCCCAAAGAAAGAUUUACUGUUGAAGCAGAUGUGUUCAUAAGAAACUGGAUAAUAAUUACAGAGUAUGUUGGAGAUGUUGAUUACUUGAAUAACCGUGAAGCUGAUGAUGGAGAUAGCAUGAUGACUCUUUUAAGUACUAAUGAUACAUCAAAGGACCUCGUCAUUUGUCCUGAUAAGCGCAAUAAUAUUGCUCGUUUCAUCAAUAACAAGCAUUUGAAAUCGGGCAGUACAUGGUAUUUGCACAAUACCAAUAACAUACUAUCAAUAACAAACGAUGCUCAAUGA